CUUUGUUCAAAAUCUGUAUGAAAUCAUGUCUACAAAAGAAUGCAGAUCUGUAUCAACAAAAUCUGAUCUUUCAGAAAGAGAAUGUGAGCUUAUUUCUCCUAUAAUAUUUUCAGAGGAAGGUCGACCUUUGUCACCUGAUUCGUUUUCAUCCGUAAAUGAACAUAUACCUCUUUCACCUGAUUCCCCAAUACCAAGCUUUUCACCAGUUUGUGAAUUGUAUACAUCUUUAGGAUAUCACUCUGAAUCACUUGAGUCAGAUCUUUCAGACAGAGAGGACAUAUUGAUCUCACCCACGAGAACACUGUUUGAUAAUCGGCCACCUUCACCAGAUUCAGCAUCAUCACUAAAUAUCCCUGGACCACCUUCGCCAGAUUUAAUAUUACCUGAAUAUAAAAAGAAAGGGACAGAUUGUGAUAUCUUAUUGCAUGUCAAUGAAAUAUCUUCAUUUCAAAUAGAAUCUUCAAAUAUCCUUACAUCUGAAGCCGAACGUAAGUUGUUGCAAAGCCAUUAUUUCAGGCAACAAUCCCCUGAGACUUUGGAAACUGAUAACCGCUUAAACAAAUGUGAUUUAGAGGGUCUGUUACUUCCUGAUUCUACCAAACCUUUAAGCAAACAAAUAGCAAUCAUGGAAUCUGAAAAGACAUCCAAUGAAUAUGCCUCUGAAAAUAUCACAAAGCCUCUGACUUUAUCUGCUAAGGUACCUGCUAAAAAAUGUCAAAAAACAAAGUUAUCAAAAAAUGCAAAACACAAAGAAGGGAAUGCCCAUCUCACUGACCAAGUUGAAUCUACUUUGACACAUAGACUUAAUAGUCCCAAGGACUGUAAAUUAAGUACAUCAUUAAAAGGAGCAGAUGAUCAAACCUUAACCACAGAGCCAUGUGACUCUUUGUCCAGUCAUGAAUCAAAAGCAAUUGGGUUGUCAGAAGCUAGGCCUAUACAAAUCCAAAACCAAUUUAAUCUUGAAAAAACCUCGAUCAAGGAAAGUGAAAUUGCAGCCACCAAGAGAAAUGCUCACAACUUUAUUAGUAAAGUAAAUGAUCCCCAAUACAAAGGUAAAACAUUCUGCACCAACCAUGGUGAUUUUGAAUAUAUUGUAAAAACAGAUGAGAAUAGACAAUUAUCACCUGAUUCACCUAUACAGCAGUUCAGAUCAUUUUUUCCUGAGAGUAGUUUGCAGAUUUCUGGACACAGAUCAUGCUCACCUGAAUCAAUAUAUUCUAAUUCAAUAGAAACUGAAUCAUUUGCUGGAGACCUGCUUAAUGUAGAGCAAAGGCCAGAGUCACCUGACUCAUUUCAAUCAGAACUUGAAUCUAGACCCCUUAGCCCCGACUCCAUCCCAGAAUAUAGGCCUAUUUCAAGUGAAUCUAUAAUCUUAGUGUCAGACAUUAGAGGAUCUUCACCAGAUUCAGUUAGUGCAUGUAGACCACUAUCUCCAGAUUCACCAAUACCACAGUACUCAGUGAUGUUUUGUGAACUACUGCCAGUAGCAGGAUGUCGAUCGUCUUCACUUGAAUCUUUAGCAUCAGGUUCAGAUUGUGAAUUAAAUAAUUUGAGUUUCAUAAGUUCAGACUGUAGAACUUCACCUCAAUCUAUAGCAUCAUUAGCAACUGAUGAAUGCUUACCCCAAGAUUCACCAAUACCAGAUUUUAGGUCUUUGUUUCCUGAACAUGCACUUCCAGUUUCUGGGUAUAGAUCAUGUUCACCUGAGUCAAUAUAUUCUAAUUCAAUAGAACAUGACUUGUUUCCUGGAGACCUGUUUGAUGUAGAGCAAAGGCCAGAGUCACCUGAUUCAGUUCAGUCAGAAUUUGAAGCUAGACCCCUUAGCCCUGACUCCAUCCCAGAGUACAGGCCUAUGUCACCCGAAUCUAUGAUCUUAGCAUCACACUUUAGAGGAUCCUCACCAGAUUCUAUUAGCUCAUGUAGAUCACUGUCUCCAGAUUCACCAAUACCACAGUACUCAACAAUGUUCUUUGAACUACUGCCAGUAGCAGGAUGUAGAUCAUCUUCACUUGAAUCAUUAGCAUCAAGUUCAGAUUGUGAAUUAAAUAAUUUGAGUUCCAUAAGUUCUGACUGUAGAAGUUCACUUCAAUCUAUAGCAUCAUUAGCGACUAAUGAAUGCUUAUCCCAAGAUUCACCGAUACCAGAUUUUAGAUCUUUGUUUCCUGAACAUGCACUUCCAGUUUCUGGGUAUAGAUCAUGUUCACCUGAAUCAGUAUGUUCCAAUGCAAUAGAACAUGACUUGUUUCCUGGAGACCUGUUUGAUGUAGAGCAAAGGCCAGAGUCACCUGAUUCAGUUCAGUCAGAAUUUGAAGCUAGACCCCUUAGCCCUGACUCCAUCCCAGAGUACAGGCCUAUGUCACCCGAAUCUAUGAUCUUAGCAUCACACUUUAGAAGAUCCUCACCAGAUUCUAUUAGCUCAUGUAGAUCACUGUCUCCAGAUUCACCAAUACCACAGUACUCAACAAUGUUCUUUGAACUACUGCCAGUAGCAGGAUGUAGAUCAUCUUCACUUGAAUCAUUAGCAUCAAGUUCAGAUUGUGAAUUAAAUAAUUUGAGUUCCAUAAGUUCUGACUGUAGAAGUUCACUUCAAUCUAUAGCAUCAUUAGCGACUAAUGAAUGUUUAUCCCAAGAUUCACCGAUACCAGAUUUUAGAUCUUUGUUUUCUGAACAUGCACUUCCAGUUUCUGGGUAUAGAUCAUGUUCACCUGAAUCAGUAUGUUCCAAUGCAAUAGAACAUGACUUGUUUCCUGGAGACCUGUUUGAUGUAGAGCAAAGGCCAGAGUCACCUGAUUCAGUUCAGUCAGAAUUUGAAGCUAGACCCCUUAGCCCUGACUCCAUCCCAGAGUACAGGCCUAUGUCACCCGAAUCUAUGAUCUUAGCAUCACACUUUAGAAGAUCCUCACCAGAUUCUAUUAGCUCAUGUAGAUCACUGUCUCCAGAUUCACCAAUACCACAGUACUCAACCAUGUUGGUUGAUGUAGUGUUAGUAACGGGAUGUAGAUUGUCCUCUCCUGACUCUAUGGCUUCAGAUAAUGAUUAUGAGGUUAACAUUCUCAGUACUGCAGAUUCUGAUCAUAGACCAUCAUCUCCUGAAUCAAUGGCAUCAAUAGAUGAGAACACACAAUUAUCACCUGACUCGCCUAUCCCAGCAUUUAGACCAUAUUUCUUUGAGAGUGUUCUUCCUUUUCCUGAAUGUAGAUCAUGUUCACCUGAAUCAAUAUGUUCUAAUUCAAUAGAAUAUGAACAAAUGUCACCAGAGUAUGUGAUCUCAGUGAUAGAUAUGAGAAGCGUCUCGCCAGAUUCAGUUAGCUCAUGUAGACCACUGUCUCCAGAUUCACCAGUACCACAAUACUCAACAAUGUUAGCUGAGUUACUGACAGUAAAAGGACCUAGAUCACCCUCUCCUGAGUCUAUGGCUUCAGAUGAAGAUUAUCAGUUUAAUGUUCUCACUGUUGCAGAUUCUGAUCACAGACCUUCAUCACCUGACUCAAUUGCAUCAGUAGAUGAGAACACACGAUUAGCACCUGACUCACCUAUCCAGGCAUUCACACCAUCUUUCUCUGAGAGUGCUCUGCCAAUUUCUGGACAUGGAUCAUGUUCACCUGAAUCAGUAUGUUCUAAUUCAUUAGAAUAUGAAUUAUUUGCUAUGUCACCACAGUCUUUGAUCUCAGCAUCAGAGAUUAGAGGAUCUUCACCAGAUUCAGUUAGUGCAUGUAGACCGCUGUCUCCGGAUUCGCCAAUACCACAGUACUCAGGAUUGUUCUGCGAGUUAAUGCCAGCAAUAGGGCAUAGACCAUCCUCUCCUGAGUCUCUGGCUGCAGAUAAAAAUUAUGAUGAUGAUGAUGAUGAUAAUGAGCUGAAUGCUGAUCAUGUGACAGUUUCUCGGGCAUCAUCACCUGAUUCCAUGAAAUCAGCAGAUGAGAAUAGACCAUUAUCACCUGACUCACCUAUACAACAGUUCAGACCAUUUUUUCCUGAGAGUAGUUUGCCAGUUUCUGGGUAUAGAUCAUGUUCACCUGAGUCAAUAUAUUCUAAUUCAAUAGAACAUGACUUGUUUCCUGGAGACCUGUUUGAUGUAGAGCAAAGGCCAGAGUCACCUGAUUCAGUUCAGUCAGAAUUUGAAGCUAGACCCCUUAGCCCUGACUCCAUCCCAGAGUACAGGCCUAUGUCACCUGAAUCUAUGAUCUUAGCAUCACACUUUAGAGGAUCCUCACCAGAUUCUAUUAGCUCAUGUAGAUCACUGUCUCCAGAUUCACCAAUACCACAGUACUCAACCAUGUUGGUUGAUGUAGUGUUAGUAACGGGAUGUAGAGUGUCCUCUCCUGACUCUAUGGCUUCAGAUAAUGAUUAUGAGGUUAGCAUUCUCAGUACUGCAGAUUCUGAUCAUAGACCAUCAUCUCCUGAAUCAAUGGCAUCAAUAGAUGAGAACACACAAUUAUCACCUGACUCGCCUAUCCCAGCAUUUAGACCAUAUUUCUUUGAGAGUGUUCUUCCUUUUCCUGAAUGUAGAUCAUGUUCACCUGAAUCAAUAUGUUCUAAUUCAAUAGAAUAUGAACAAAUGUCACCAGAGUAUGUGAUCUCAGUGAUAGAUACGAGAAGUGUCUCGCCAGAUUCAGUUAGCUCAUGUAGACCACUGUCUCCAGAUUCGCCAGUACCACAAUAUUCAACAACGUUGGCCGAGUUACUGACAGUAACAGGACCUACAUCACCCUCUCCUGAGUCUAUGGCUUCAGAUGAAGAUGAUCAGUUUAAUGUUCUCACUGUUGCAGAUUCUGAUCACAGACCUUCAUCACCUGACUCAAUUGCAUCAGUAGAUGAGAACACACGAUUAGCACCUGACUCACCUAUCCAGGCAUUCACACCAUCUUUCUCUGAGUGCGCUCUGCCAAUUUCUGGACAUGGAUCAUGUUCACCUGAAUCAGUAUGUUCUAAUUCAAUAGAAUAUGAAUUAUUUGCGAUGUCACCACAGUCUUUGAUCUCAGCAUCGGAUAUUAGAGUAUCUUCACCAGAUUCAGUUAGUGCAUGUAGACCUCUGUCUCCAGAUUCACCGAUACCACAGUACUCAACGAUGUUGGUUGAUUUAGUGUCAGUAACAGGACAUAGAUCAUCCUCUCCUGAAUCCAUGACUUCAGAUGAAGAUUAUGAGUUUAAUGUUUACACUGUUGUGCCUUCUGAUUAUAGACCAGCUUCACCUGAUUCAGUAGUAUCAGCAGAUGAAAAUGGACCACUAUCACCUGACUCACCUAUUCCAGAAUUUCAGUCAUUACUAUUUGACAGUACUUGGCCAGUGUGUGGAUAUAAAACACAUUCACCUGAAUCAGUACAUUCAGAAACUAUAGAAUGUAAAGGUCUUGAAGGAGAUAUAUUUACUGCUGAACAAAGAAGAGUGUCAGUCGAUUCAUCUGGAACUACAUCAUAUGCUCAAUUUCAAGAGACUAUCAAAUUGAUGCCUGAAUACAAACUUGUAUAUAAAGCUAUUCCUUUGAACCUCAUAUCUCACAUACAUGACCCACAUUACAAGGGGGAAAUGUUCAGUCCCAAAACAGGUCUAUUUGAGUAUACUGGCUGUAGAAUGAAAAUUGUUCAGACUUGCAAAAUGGAUGAGUCAAAUAGCAUCACUGGUCAAGGCGGUUAUAAAAUACCCGCUCUUAAUCAUGAGACUUCCCAAAUUUCUAAGCAAGUCCACAACAUUUCGACUCUACCCCUUUCUGAAAACCAAACAGCAUUAUCAGAUUUAUCCUUAACACAGUCAAGGAAAUAUGCUAGGGAAUCUUUUGAAUUUCCUGAAGAAAACUCUACUGAUUCUAUAUCUCAGUACACAUCCGAAGGAUAUGAAUAUCUGGAAAUUUCAGAUGAUCUCAGAGCUUCAUCACCAGAGUCUAUUAGAUCUAUAAAUGAAUUCAGAUCUCUUACACCUGAUUCCCCCAUACCUGAGCAUAUGCCUUAUACAAUGAUUUUUCAGUAUGAAAGUCGACCCCCUUCCCCAGAGUCUGUGUCUUCUGUCAAUGAAUUUCAAAGACUUUCCCCUGACUCUCCUAUACCUGAAUUCUUAUCCGCUUCACCAAUUCCAUAUGAACAUAAUGUUCAAUUUAGGCAGUUGUCUCCGAUAAUGUCUGAUUUACAAAAAUGUGAUAUAACCUGGAUGUCUUCAGAAUAUGCAUCACUUUGGCCAGAAACUAAACAAAGGCCAGUAUCACCUGGUUCUGAAUUGUCAGAAUGCGAUUCAAGAUCAUUAUCAUCCCCCAUAUUUUCUUUUGAGUCUGCAUGCAGAUCUCCAUCCCCUGAAGCACUGAGGGAACUAGAACCCAUUGUAUCUAUUACACCUGACUCUCUGAUAUUUGAUAUUGAUUGCCGCCCAGAAUCCCCUGAGUCAGUAACAUCUCAAACACAGUGUAAAGACUCCACGCCAGACAACACAUCUCACUGGGCAAGUGAUGUUGCAUUGUUCCCCAUUAUGACGGAUGAACAAUGUAGGCCAGACGCUAAGGUGGUUUCUGAAUCAGACUUUGCAACUUCAGCACAGAACCAGAAGAAUUUCAAUUAUGUCUUAAAUAGUGGUAGGAAAACACUGCCCUGCUGGCAUGAAUUUGUCUUGGAACCAGAACAAGAGGAAAAGAUUAGUGAAACCAGAGAGGCACCCCCUCUAGAGAUGAACAAAGUCAAGAAAAUGUCUUCAGGUGAUGGAGAUGGUAGAAGUAUUUUAAGCAUCCAAGGAGAUCUUCAGAAAAUUAAGGCAGUUAAACAGGAAUUGGAGCUUCAGCCCAAGCAGGGUCCUGAAGAAAGCUCUGACAGCCCUACCUCCGAAAUAGGCCAGGAGGAAUUCAAAACCAGGGCUCUGCAGGCUAAAGUCUCAGAAAAGGAUAUUCAGUCAAAAAAACAGAAUUUAGAAAUAAAAAAUAAAAAUACCAGUGGCAGUGAGGUAGACUCCUCACAAGUCCAAAACCAAAGCACCAAUGUAACCAUUUUAGAACAAAAAGCAAUUGCAUCAUCUUUGGCCAGUGAAGGUAACAUACAACCAGGUGUAAGUGACCCAAACUCACUACACUGUAUACCUGAGGGAAGAACAGUCGGUAGUACUGAUCUGGACAAUGUAUGUCCCAUGACAUCACUCAAGCAGUCAUUUGAGCAGCCAAAAGAAACAUCUGGAUUAUGUCAAAUACAUACAACACCCUUCCACUUCAGUCAACAAUCUCACAGGACAGUGACUCCUAAUUUAAUUAUUUCAAGUUCUCCCUCCUCUGAUGUGAUAUCAGCUUCUGAAAGAACGCCAUUUUUAGGAAGCAGUGUGUUACCCACUGAUCUGGGUUCUGUGACACCUGCGUCUAGUGAAUUAUGUUCUAACCAAGAGCCAUCUACUUUUCAUCAUGUAAUUUCCGAAUUUGAGAAAACAGUGUCUGCACGUAGUACUGAUGACCCAAAGUCAGUCUCCAAUCAAAUAUGUCCCAUGGAAACUGCUUUAGCUCCGAGUUCAUCUGAGAUAUCUCAACCUACAGCUGAGAGGUUGACAGAUUUUGAUCUGAAAGCCAAGCCAACGCCUGUCCAAGCAGAUAGUUUAGAUUCAGAUACUGAGUUCUUUGACUGUCCACAAACAUUUUUAGACAUAUCUGAACCCGAGCUGCGAUCAGAAGAACUUUUUGAUUCUGAAGCAGUUUACCAUGUUGAAGAAUCCCCAUCUUUACCAAACACUCCAGCCUAUGACAACUUGCUGGCCACGUCCAAAAUAACAGAAAAGUCAGAAUUAGACAGUCAAGAAAGCCCACGCCCAGUAUCCUGGGGAAGUGAGGAAAUUGAUUUGCCCAUUGUUCUUGAACCAGAGGAUGAAUGUAUCGGUGAGCAUGAUGAAGAGAUAGCAUAUCCUUAUGGGUAUGCAGAUGAGCAUUCCUAUGCAGAAGAGUUACCUCCAAGGCAAGGAGGCCAAUAUGAUGAUGAUGAUUCUCUGGGAAGGGAAAUAGCAGAGGAGCUAGGCUUGCUGUCUGAUAGUUCAGAGGAAGAGGUGUUGACCACCCGAGUGGUACGACGCAGAGUUAUAAUCCAGGGAGAUGAAUUUCCUGAAAUUCCCCCUCACAGAGUGACAGAGGAGCAAUACAUAGAUGAGCAUGGAAACAUAGUAAUCAAAAAGAUAACAAGGAAAAUUAUUCGUAAGUAUGUGUCUGCGGACGGGGUGGAGCGAGAGGAAGUGAUGGUGGAAGGAGCUCAGCAAGAAGCUAUCACUGUAGAUGAUGCUGAUGAUUUUUCCAAAGUGGUGAAAAGGACAGUAGUGAGGACUGCUGGAGAUCAGACUGAGGUGACGUUUUCUGAAGCAGUACCUGCUGGCGAGGCAACAGCCUCGGAGUUUGAAGGAGAGAAUGUGCAAGGUCGUAAAGUAAGCAAGGUCAUCAAAACCAUGGUGGUGCAGGGUGAGAGGAUGGAGAAGCAAAUCGGUGACCCCUCAUUGUCAGCAGACCUCCCGUCAGCAAAAGAAGACUUUGAAAAGGCUUUGAGUUAUGCAGGGGGCUUUGACGAAGUGCUCUUGCCUCAUUUAGUGGAAAAAGAGAUCGUGAAGGAGGAUGGAUCUCUGGUCAGAAGGUUGGGAUCGUGCCUUGGACCCGCAUGCAUAAGACGCGCACCCAGAAGAAAACCGUGGUGAGGGACUGCCAGAGCAAACACAUCCACCUGGAGCGCCUGGAGGACACUCCAGAGUCCCUACAACCUGACGAGCUGCAGCAGCA